AUGUUUUCCUCUUCUUCCUCUCCUUCCACAAACACCACCACAAAUAAAGAUGAAGUAGAUAUAGAUCCAAUGGAAGAGGAAGCAAAAGUCAAAAGAAAGUUCAACAAAUGGCGAAAGAGUAUAAUGUAUAUUACCGGUAUAGGUUUAACAGAACAACAAAAAGAGCAAUAUAAAAUAGAAUUAGAAAGAGACUUUAAAGAAUAUGAAUGUAACAGAUGUGAAAAAAUUAGAGAUUCAUUAAUGAGAAAUAGUCCAAUUAUAAUAUUUAUGUUGAAAUCAUUAGAAGAAAUUGGCUAUAAACUUGAUAAAAAUCAUUUUAAAUGCUUGCCGUGUGAUGAAACGCGUAGUGGUGGCUUUUCACCUGAAUUAGGAAUUUUAUUAUGUCAAAAUAGAUUUCUUAAUAGGAGGCAUCAAGAAGAUACCAUGGCACAUGAAAUGAUACAUUUAUAUGAUCAUUGCAGAUUUAAAGUAGACUGGAAUAAUUGUUAUCAUCACGCGUGUAGUGAGAUAAGAGCUGCAAGUUUAAGUGGUGACUGUAGAUGGACGCGUGAAAUAAGACGUGGAUUUUUUGGAUUUGCAAAACAACAUCAGGCUUGUACAAAACGACGAGCAAUACUAUCUUUAAAACAAAAUGCUUCCUGCUCUGCUCCUGGAGUGGCAGAAAAGGCUGUUGCUGAAGCCAUUUGA